AUGGCCCGUUUACUUUGUGAAAUAGACGUUGAGGGUUCAAAUGGUAUUGAAUCUGGCACUGAAAAAGCAAUAAUAUAUGAAACGGAUGAAUUUUUUUAUAUUGAUACUUGUGGAUUUGGUGAUUCAUUUGGUACGACAAAUGAAGAAAUAUUUCAUGAUAUAAUGCGUUUAUUUCAGAAACAUGGAAAAAAUAAUAUCUUUAAUAUCGAUACAAUAUUAUGGUUUUGCCCUGAGAGUGUGAGAGAAAUGGAUCCCCUAAAACACGAGGCUAACUUUAUCCAACGUUUUGUCGAAUAUACUGAUGGAUAUAAACCAAUAGAUUUAUGGAAAAAUGUCUUGAUUAUAACAAAGGGAACUUUCCUAUCGCAUGAGUUAAUUAAUGGUCCAAAAUCUGCUGCAAAGAAUGCUUGUCAGACCUUUUCUAAUAUGCAAAUUGAUGACGAUUCUUUCUUCGUUAAACAUUUUCCAU